AUGGAUCCAGCACCCAGUGGUGCUCAUGAAGCUCCCAAACAGCCUCGCGAUCGAAUUUCAGCCAAAUCAACUGCCGAUCCUAUCCUCCGAAACGCCCUUCGGUAUACUAUUUCCGCGAAAGAAUAUGAAACACUACAUAAAUAUAUAAUAUCACGGUCGAAAGUUCUAAAGAGAAAUGCACCCACAGUUACAAAGGUAGAGAAAUUGGUAGAAAGACCCGGUCGCGAUGAUUAUAAUGCUGCGGCUGUGAGGGGUAGUUUGAGGUUAUUCCUUGCUACAAAUGCAGGAUUGAAGAUAUGGAGUUUAUUUACAGAAAAGUUCAUGGGAGCUGGGAAAGCUGGAGGAAAGAAGAUCUCAUUAUGGAAGUCACCAAACUUCCGCCUCUCGCUUUCCCUUUCCAGUAUCCUCCUUUUCCAUAGAAUCCUUUUCCGAUUCUUCACUCGACUUCGCGCACAUCUUCUUACACCCGAUGCUCAACCUUUCAGACAACGAAAUCCGAAAACGAGUAAAACUCUCACAUCGAGUUUGGCACCAGCAGUUGGAGCAAGUUUGGCCGGGUUUAUGUUGGCAGUUUAUCCAAGUGAUCAGCUGAGACUUACAAUUGCGAUAUAUGCUUUGAGUAGAGCAGCAGAAAUAUCAUAUAAUUUGGCAGAAGACGAGGGAUGGAUUUGGGGAAAAGAGGGUAGUAGAUGGGAGAGACCUUGGUGGUGGGGAAGUUGGUUACUUUUUCCAUUGACUUGUGGACAAUUGCUUCAUGCUUUUGUUUUUGAUAGGGAUUGCUUUCCACAGCAAUAUGGAGAUUUCAUUCUCAAACACUCUCCUCAGUACAUGCAACCACGACCGGCAGAUCGCCCUGCCAAAUUACCAUGGCCAAGUACUUACGACAUCGUUGACAAUCUUGCCGAGAUGGCACGUCUAAACUACCCGCCAUUCGUAUCUCCCAUCCUCUUUCCCAACAGCCCUACUCUUCCCCAAUCCCUCAGCGCCAUUUCCCCCAUAACCUCUCCAGCCCAUCCAUUAAUAACGUCACUCACAUGCGCUACUCUCCACCCUUCCGACCCUUCCUGUCUCCGCACAUACCUUACCUACUGGAUUCAAGUCUUCCCCCGUCUCGCCCGAGUCUUCACUAUAAUCCUCUCCCUCUUCUCUCUCCCCUCCUACCGUAAAUUCUACAAUUCCCCCAUUUCCUCCCUCAACGCCCUCGCUAUCCGUAUCCUUAAAUCUACCCUCUACAUCUCUGGCGCCAUCGGUACCAGCUGGGCUAGUAUCUGCGCUUUCCAAUCAGUUCUCCCAAGAGACGUUCUACCCACUCAAAGAUUCUUCCUAGGUGGUGCAUUAGGUGGUCUUUGGGGAUUUGUCGUUAGAAAAGAUGCAAGAAGCGAAUUCCUAUACAGUGCAAGAGCAUCAAUGGAUUCACUCUGGAAAGUUGGCAAAAAAAGAGGCUGGUGGAAGGGAAUUAAAGGUGGUGAUGUAGGAAUUUUUGUUAUUAGUUUGAUGGCUAUUGAGAUGGCCUAUGAAAGGGAUGGAAGAUCAUUGAGAAGUGGAGCGUUGAGGAAGCUAGUCAGUGGAAUGAGAGGAGAGGGAUGGAGAGAUUAUGUAGGUGAGGAGGAGAAGAGACUCCUAGAGGAGAAGGAGUUGUAG